UUGUGGGUAGCGAGGAUGCUCAUCUUGAUGCUCCUCGAUUGUUGGACUUACUAUCAGAGAAGCCGGUGGAAGGGGCAAGUAGGACACCUCAACUACAGGAUAGCACAGUUCCAACGCCUCCGGGAGGGCCUGUACAGUGGGCAUUUGCAUUACCGACGUACCGUAGCGAAAAAAUGUCAAAAUGACUCAUGUCAAAAACCCCUCGAGGGUGGGGGUGAGUUAAAAACUCGUCGUUAAGUCCGUGGGUAGUUUUUCACGGAGCCCUAGUGUGCAUGCGAUACCAUGGGCGUCUAGAACUUUAGUCACGGCGCUCCAAACCUCCCUCAAGUACUUCUCCCUGUAUUUUGGGAAAAGGGUUGCGAAAGAAGAUUUUUCGGUGAAUACGCCGCCUUUGUUGUCAUCUGCUUGGAAUGAAUCGAUUUUCCA